AUGGCUGCAGCUCUCAGAGAAAUGCUCAACACUUUUGUUAAAGACAGGGUGUCUUCGGUUAAAAAACAGUCAGUAGAAGAUAUUCAGAGGACUCCUGAACUGAAUAAAUUCAAAAGUUUUGAACAUCUGGCGCUUGAUGACCCAUCAGAGCAGGAAGAUCCUAGAGAGUACUGUUACGGAGGAUAUCACCCGGUACAGAUAGGGGAUGUGUUAAACAAGAGAUACAAAGUCCUCUCCAAGCUGGGCUGGGGCUAUUUUGCCACUGUCUGGUUGUGUGUGGACCUCAGGUCUGGUAGGUAUGUUGCAGUGAAACUGUUAAAGAGUGGAGCAGGAUUCACUCAGGCUGGUCAAGAUGAGCUCACACUUCUACGCUGUGCCAGUGGUCCCACUGCUCGCCAUCCCCUGAGUCGACGGAUUGUUCAGCUGUUAGAUGAGUUUAAGAUAGCCGGUGUCAACGGCAUUCAUAUGUGUCUGGUGCUGGAGUUACUGGGGCCAGAUCUGCGCACUUGGCAGCUGUGUUUUGGUACCCCAGGUCUAGAGCUAACCUGCAUCAAACGCAUCCUUACACAGAUUCUUGAGGGGCUGGACUAUUUGCACACCCACUGCAAAAUCAUCCAUACAGACAUUAAACCUGAGAAUAUACUGCUGAGCCUAGAGACACAGUCCCACCAGACAAAAGCAGGACGCCCUCAGAUCCUUGGUAACAAGUCCACAGGGAACAAUGCUAUCAUUCCAGAUUGGAUUACUUUGAAAAUUGCAGACCUGGGUAGCUCCUGUUGGGUGUACAAGCACUUUUGUGAGGAGAUUCAGACACGGCAGUACCGCUCACUGGAGGUUCUGCUGGGUGCUGACUACGGCCCACCUGCUGACAUCUGGAGUCUAGCAUGCCUGGCCUUUGAACUUGCCACAGGUGACUCACUCUUUGAACCCAGAGCUGGAAAGACUUUCUCAUUGGAGGAGGACCACAUUGCUCAUAUCAUUGAGCUACUGGGCAAGAUUCCAGCAGCAGUGGCUCUCUCUGGAAAAUAUUCCUCCGAUUACUUCAACCAAAAAGGUGACCUAAAGCGAAUUGGUGUACUGCGACCAUGGAGUCUGUAUGAGGUACUGGUGGAGAAAUAUCAUUUUCUCCUCAGAGAAGCCUCUAUGUUCUCUGACUUCCUACUACACAUGCUGGACUUUGUACCUGAGAGGAGGGCUACAGCUGCUCAAUGCCUCAAACACCCAUGGCUUACAACAUAA